AUGCGGCCCCGCCACCGACAGAGCCCCGCCACCGCGAAGGGAGGGGCGGGCGCGGCCCUCGGAGGAGGCCGAGGCCGCACCCCGCCACAGUCCAACCGUCCUGCGCCGCCCCUCAGGAGGCUGCCCAGCGGAGGAGCCGAGACUUCGCGCCCAGCUGAAAAGCCGGCCCCAGGCCCCGCCCCUUCCGGUGCCGCUCUAGGAGGACAGGCCGGCCUCUCGGUGGUGCGCACGGAGGGCUCUGCCCCUCAGGCGGUUUCACUCAGCCUGGCCCGGGCCUGCGCGACCCCGCACCGCAGGAAGGGUCCGCCCCCAGGUCCCGCCCCUUCCGGUGCCGCUCUAGGAAGCGAGGUCCGGGGCCUCCGGGUGGUGCGCGGUGGAGGGCUCCGGACUCCCACCCGGCUGGGGUGUCGCUCCGGCUCGUCUCCGCUGUACCCCCUCGCUCAACUCACUCCUGCGGCCGCGCCCUCACUCCUGCGGACCCUCGCUCCCCGCUGCGGCCCCCUUGCUCACCCCUGUGUCUCCUCACCCACCGCUGUGUCACCAUCGCUCCUCGGCCCGCUCCCUCACUCCUGUCCCCCUCGCUCACCUGUGCAUCCCCGUCGCUCACCUGUGCAACCCCCUCGCUCACUCCUGCGCCCCCUGCCUCACUCCUGUCUCCCUCGCUCACUCCUGCGCCCCCUCGCUUACCCCUGCAUCCCCUUCGCUCACUCCUGCGCCCCCUCGCUUACCCCUGCAUCCCAUUCGCUCACUCCUGCGCCCCCUCGCUCAUCCUUGCAUCCCCCUUGCUCACUCCUACAUCCCCCUCGCUCACCCUGUGUCUCCUCACUCAUCCUUACAUCCCCCUCGCUCACCCCUGCGCCUCCUCCCUCACUCCUGUCUCCCAGCUCACUCUUCACACAAAGCAGGCACGCUCCGCCUGCGUCCCGUUGCACUGGCAGCUCCCUCUGCCGGGCUGCUCAUCCCCAGCUCUGCUUGGCUCACUCCCGCUGCCUGCCCGCUUGGAGCUCACCUCCUCCUUGGGGCCCACCUGACCACCCGGCGUGUUGGUUUCGCGGUUAGCACAAACUCAGCGGCUUAAAGCGGCGCCCGGGUGGCUCACAGCUCCUGGAGAGAGUCCCGGCCUGCUUAGCCGGUCCUCUGCUCAGGCUCGCGCGGCCAGUCUUGGGAUGGGUGUUGGUGGCUGAGCCGGCCGCCGGGAGCUCCAGGGGAUGCCCUGGCAUUGGCGUGUGAGGACUGGCCAGAGGCCGUUCCCCUGGGCAGGAAGCUCCCGCCGGCUCCCAGACCUGCCUCCCAGCUGCCCGGUGAUUUGAAGUUGGGUGUUUUUUCUCCUGUAGUUUUGCCCACAGCACGAGUUUUCUCUCGUUGUAUUUGUUCUUGUUCGUUCGUUAUUGGUUUUUUUUUUUUUUUGAGGAAGAUUAUCCCUGAGCUAACAUCUGCUGCCAGUCCUCCUCUUUUUUCUGAGGAAGACUAGCCCUGAGCUAACAUCCGUGCCCAUCUUCCUCUACUUUUUAAUAUGUGGGAUGCCUGCCACAGCAUGACUUGCCCAGCGGUGCCAUGUCUGCACCUGGGAUCCGAACUGGCGAACCCCGGGCCGCCGAAGUGGAACGUGCGCCCUUAACCGCUGCGCCACCGGGCUGGCCCCUGUUACUGAUAUUUUGAAGGAUAUGCCGGGAGACUCGGAUUUAUGCUGCCGCCAUUACUUCAGCUAUGCAGAUUCCCUCAACACAUGUUUCUGAAUGGACAAUUGUAAUAGAUGAGAUUUAACAAAUGUUUACUAUGUGUUUCUUGAAUGUUCUAAACAUUUUACAUGUAUUAGUUCAUCUAAUCCUCAUGGCAGCCCAGUGAUACGGGUACUAUAACAUCUCUAUAAUAUAACUGAAUAAAUUGAGGAACAGAAAAGUCAAACAAUUUGCCAAAGGUCACAGAGCUAGUGAGCACUGAGCUGGGCCCAGGGCCCAGCUUCUGACUCCAGAGCUUGUGUCCCUAACCACUGCACCAGACACGAACGGUGCCUGUCCCAUGAAGUAAAAAGAAAGCCUGUUUUAUUAGGACAGCAAGCAGCACUCAGGUAUUUGUUUCUCUGUGUCCGUAUGAGCAUGGAGAAAUCCAUGGAGGGAUACACUCUUGGCCAGGGCUCAGCGAACUUUUUCUGUGAAGGCCCAGAUAGUAACUAUUUUAGGCUUUGCAGGCCAGACGGUUUCUAUUGUAACUUCUUGAUUUUGCCCUGGGAGUGCGAGAGCAGCCCUAGACAAAUGUCAGCACACAGGUGUGGCUGUGACCCAGUGAAUCUUUAUUGACAAACACACGUAGCUGGCUGGGUCGGCCGGCGGGUGUGGUCUGCUGCCCCUUCACUGCUAGCGUUGGCUGCCGAUGGGUCCACGGGGGUGAGGCAAAAUGGGAGGGAAGGUGAAUGGAGAAAGAAAAUUGUACCAAAGUGGAAAAAAUACACACUCUAAUAUUAAAAUAGACAUGCAGAAUCUAGUGGGAUUUUGCAAAACUUGAAUAAGCUUAUGGAUCCAUGAAAACGCAUUAAGUAAUGGGCUUGUGGGCAAUUUUUGUUUUAGAUUUCUGAUGUUAUUUUAAAACUGCUUGUUUGGUGAGUAAAUGAAAAUAAUUAUUUGGCAGCUUAAAAUUCUGGAGAGUUCAUAUAAAAAUCUGGAUUUCUAGCUAACUCUGUGUGUUCUGAUCUGAAAAAACGAACUAUGAUAAAUUAAUAUUCAUAAUUAAUUGAAAAUGUCCACAACAUAUUUACUAUUAAUUGAGAAAAACCAAGUCACAGAGUAAUCUGUUUAGUAAAAUUCUGUUUGUGUGCAAGCAGCA